AUGUCCGACAGGAUCAAGGUGUUAUCCGGUCAAGUUGUCCGGCUAAUAUUCACCAGACUAGCCAAUUUAAAUAUUUUUCCCUUACGAAGCUUUGGAAGUCGUAUGGAUCGAAAAGAUGCAAUCUAUCUUGGUAAAAUAACCACACGCUUUUACAUUGUACUUCUCAUCGUGAGCGUCGUCAUUUUGGCACUGUACACUGCUGUUCGACCUCGAAUUAUCACAAAAGUGUUCGUGAAACCAACGUUCAAUCUGUACAGCGAUCUUCGGCAUGAUCACGGGGAUGCUCUCCAGUGUCGUUGUUCAUACAUUUCAUGGACGUAUGAUAACUUUGUACACAUCAAACCAACGUUUCAUCAGAUAUGCUCAGGCCCAUUUGUUUUGGAACAAUGGCGAACUAAUAUUACGGACAAACUAGUGUCUGAUCUGUCUGCUUACCCAAUGAAUGAUUAUCGUCGUUUUCUCUCCUCGCAUUUACAGUUUCUUUCUGGAUUAUGUAGCCAAACUACUAAGUCGGUGAACAGAUCACUUGCUCAGUUUUUGUCAUCGUUCUUCGUCACCAAUGAACUUCUUUCACCAGAACUGUUUCAGACACGGAUUGAGUCCGCUGUUGACCAAAACAGAUUCAAAGCUUCUGUCGUGUUCAAUCGUGCUUUAUCUUUACUUCAAAUUACUAAUCACGGAAAUGAUGUCAUAUCCGCAUACGGGAGUAACUUUCAGCUUAUUGAUCCAUGGUGGCUCAACAAUUCUUAUUCGAGCGCGAUAACUCGCGCAAUAACAUACGACAACAAUUGUUCCUGUGCGUUGAAUAUGAGUUGCACUACACAAGCUGGAUUUGUCACGACAAGUUUGCCUUCGUUUGUACCAAUUCAAGGUCUCAAAAUGGGCUGUACACCAAAUGAAGCAUUCCUUGCUUCGACACUCGAAUGUUUCUAUAAUUCGACGUGUCUUGGUCUCAUCCUACAAUAUACGAUGA